CGCACACACACACACACGCACACACACACACACACACACACACACACACACACACAUUCCUGGUGGGAGUGAGCGAGCGAAAAAGCGCGGAGUCCAUCUCUCCUCACACUGAACCUCGCUCGCCUUGCUCUCAGUUAUCCUGCGGAUCACGCACCGUCAAGUUGACUCUCGCCAUGCGGGAUCACAAGCGUGAAGUUGGUUUAAUGUGAAUAUCUCUCCGACUGCAGGUGAGAAAACAGUUUAAGCUCUGUUACUCCGCGCUGUCUAUAACUGUGGUGCCUCGGAUGCGCUUUGAACUGCUGCAUGAAUGCUUGGUCAUUACCCCAGGAUUUCACGAACAUUGCGAAGGACGGCGAUGCGUUUGGUCCAGCAGCGGUCACAGUGCGUGAUGGAUGUCUUCUAUAUUUUGCGUCUUGGGAUUUAAGGAGGGUCAAUGGAGAGCAGUGCGCCUUUUGAAAAAAACGCAUCUUUUCUUGGGCUUGUGCAUGCCUGGGUUUGAGAUUUGCACAUUGAUGCUGGGUCUUUCGGCAUUGUUGAUGUAAAAAUGCUGAACAACAUUUUGCUUCUGAGUGUUUUAACGGUCACCAGUUUCCCUUCAAAGACAGAGAGCCGCAAAACUUCUAAAGACAUUUGCAAGAACCGGUGCUCCUGCGAGGAGAAAGAGAACGCAUUAAACAUCAACUGUGAAAACAAGGGUUUCACCACGGUCAGUCAGUUUCAGCCUCCGCAAAACAAAAUCAGCCAACUCUUUCUGAAUGGGAACUUUCUCACCAAGCUCAGUCCAAACGAAUUCUUCAAUUAUGGUAAUGUAACAUCUCUUCAUCUGGGUAAUAAUGGCUUGCAGGAAAUUAAGACAGGGGGAUUCAAUGGGUUAAAAAACUUGAAGCGUCUCCAUCUCAAUAAUAAUAAUUUGGAAAUCAUAAGGGAGGACACUUUUUUUGGUCUGGAAAGUUUGGAGUAUUUGCAAGCUGAUUACAAUUAUAUUAGUGCCAUAGAAGCGGGGGCGUUUAACAAACUGAAUAAACUCAAAGUGCUGAUACUCAACGACAACCUUUUGCUCUCUCUUCCUAACAAUAUAUUCCGCUUUGUCAUGUUGACGCAUUUGGAUUUAAGGGGAAAUCGACUAAAGACGUUGCCGUUUGCUGGUGUCUUAGAGCACAUAGGUGGAAUCAUGGAAAUUCAGUUGGAAGAGAAUCCGUGGAAUUGCACUUGUGAUUUGAUACCACUGAAAGCCUGGCUGGAUACAAUUUCGGUCUAUAUGGGGGAUAUCGUAUGCGAGACUCCAUUCAGGCUACACGGUAAAGACGUCACGCAUUUGAUAAAGCAAGACCUUUGCCCUAGACGCAAUCCUGGAGACGCGAGUCACCGCGCAAUGCAGCCGCCGUCUGAUUCGCAAUACCAGGCUCCGUCUCCAACCCUCCGGGCCCGAGUCACACCGACAAGAGCCCCUAAGGCAUCCCGCCCCCCCAAAAUGAGAUACCGUCCCACUCCGCGCGUCACGUCCAGAGACAAACACGUAUUCGGGCCUAUAAUGGUGUACCAGACACGGUCACCGGUUCCAAUGACAUGUCCGAGCAUAUGCGUGUGCACCUCGCAAAAUCCGGAAAGUGGAUUAAACAUAAACUGUCAGGAACGCAAACUUCAGAACAUCUCCGAACUCCAACCCAAACCAUCAUAUCCAAAGAAACUGCAUUUAACCGGCAACUAUUUGCAAAGCAUAUACAGAACGGAUCUGACCGAGUACAGCUCCCUUGAGCUUCUGCACUUAGGAAAUAACAGAAUUGCAAUCAUUCAGGAGGGCGCAUUCGAGAAUCUAACGAGCCUUCGACGGCUCUAUCUCAACGGCAACUAUAUUGAAAGUCUGUCUCAGUCUUUAUUCGCUGGGCUGCAAAGCUUGCAAUAUCUCUACCUGGAAUAUAACAUCAUUAAAGAGAUUUUACCCCUUACCUUCAACUCGCUGCACAAUCUGCAGCUAUUGUUUCUUAAUAAUAACCUACUGAGAUCACUUCCCGACAAUGUGUUUGGUGGAACCAUGCUGACAAGGCUUAAUCUUAGAAACAAUCAUUUCUCCCAUCUUCCAGUGCGCGGGGUGCUCGACCAGCUCUCCGCCUUCAUUCAAAUCGAUCUCCAGGAAAAUCCGUGGGACUGCACGUGUGACAUCGUUGAGCUCAAGAACUGGAUGGAGCUGUCCAGCACCAGCGUGGUGGUGAAUGAAAUUACGUGCGAUUCACCAUCCAAGCACGCGGGCAGGCUUUUGCGCUCCCUCCGAAACGACGCCAUUUGCCCUGAAAACGAUGAAACCGUCCCUGUGACUAAAACCCCCACUGUAGUGAGCUCGAGUACAGAAGCGACCCCUUCUCCUUCCGUAACUCCAAUUGACAGAGUGCCCGAGAUUACCCCGGAGGUGCCGUUGUCCGUUCUGAUCUUGGGCCUGCUCGUUGUUUUCAUUUUGUCCGUGUGCUUCGGGGCGGGAUUGUUCGUGUUCGUCCUCAAACGUCGUAAGGGAGUUGAGAGCGUCCCGUCGGGAACCAACAACCAUUUGGACUUGAACUCCUUCCAAGUACAGUACGGCUCUUACCACGCGGACGCCACCGCGGAUAAAACCGAAAACCAUGUGUAUAACUACAUCCCUCCGCCCGUGGGUCAAAUGUGUCAGAACCCCAUCUACAUGCAGAAGGAGAGCGAGCAGGUGGCGUAUUACCGGAACCUGAAGGAGCUGAGCUUCAACACGCUUGACCCCAAGAAGGAUGAACUUGAUCGCAGCCCGGCUUUCACCAUAAGCACAGUGGAGUUCAUUGAUAAGCAGCCGUGCGCAAACCGCGAACCGGAGCUGCUUUACCAGAACAUUGUGGAGAGAGCGAAAGAUCUGCCCCAAUCCGGGCCGCUCAGCUACAACUUUUGCACUUUACCGAAAAAAUCCUUCAUUGCACCAUAUGAAACCACCCGGCGGCUUAACCAGGAUCGAUUAAACAAAACUGUUCUCUACGGGACCCCGAGGAAAUAUGCUGCACAGUCCAAAAACGAGCACCCUUUGCUAUCCAACAAACUUAAAACCGAGCCGGACUACCUCGAAGUUCUGGAGAAACAAACUGCGAUGAGUCAGUUGUAAGAUGGAGUCCCUGUAGGCCUGUAUCAUCUGUGUAUUCAACCACAAGAGACGAUAAGAAACAUCACAAACCUAAGCCUUCUGUAUUCUUUUAGAGGCUGUACACAUCCCCGCAAUUUAAAGAUAUAUUAUUUUCUCUAAGGUUUAAAUUAUUUCUUCUACUUGAAACGUAAAGACUGUAGCAGUUGUCGCAAGAAUAUGUAUAUCUUACAGCUUCAUGCUUUUUGUAAUAUGAAAUCUAUUUUCUCUCAGACGACAGGGUUGUUGAAUGACAUUCCUGUACAUCAUGUUGGAUGGUGAGUGCAACACAAAAUCCUGGUUCCAGAAGUGCCUUUGCACUUAAAGAAUUUUAUCUCUGAUUUCUGCAAAUCGAGUUUUUAUAAGUGCUGUAUUUUAAGACUCUUUAUGUAAAAUAGAAUUGUUUGUCCAUUGCAUUAAACGGAAAAAGUGAAAUUGUUCUCUGUUGUUGGGUAGAAUAUUGUUUUUUUAUGUUGCACCCCGAUAAUCAGGUAGUUGAAAAUUAUUUCAGUCAAAACUUGUUUAGUCAAAUUGCAAAAAUCUAAUUUCGAUAGAUGUGGAUUGAGCAGCAUUCCGUCUCAUCUCCCUGAAUGGCACACGGCAAUUUGCUUGCUUGUGCGUGCGCGCGCAUGUGUGUGUUAAGGCCCAGCUCACAGUUUGAUACAUGAUUGAACUUGAAGGCACAUAAACUGGAUAAAUAGUAUUUGAUGGACAAUUGAUACGGACAUAUUUUUAUACACGUGUAUGUAUUUUGUCUGUCUGAAUCUCUUUUACGUUUCGUGACACCUGGUUACUGUAGUAUCUGAUAUGCGUGACUCACUUUAAGGUUUAAAUCGCCCUGACUAUUGGAAAUCCCGGUCGCUGUCCAAGGUGCUUAUACUGUUUGCAUUGUUGGUUACGCAAUGCUAUGCGUUUUCUUAGUGCUGAAUUUCGACAAAAAAAUAAAUAUGCCAUAUCUAAAUUAUGGAAAGUUCAUAUUGACUUCAUAUUCUGCAAAAAUAUUGAUUUAAUGUCAUUUUAGAAGUCUGAUUGAUAUAUAUUUUGAUGGAUUGAUUUUAACUUAGUGUGUUUAUCAUUUAAAAUAAGACCCUAUGUGUGUGGUUAUUGCAGUUUCGAAACAAAAUUCUGUUAUUGUUUUAUUUUUUUAAACAUUUCAUUCCUAAUUACCUACCUCAAAAAUGUUUGCAACAAAUCUGAGCUGCUUUGGUUUAAAGUGGGGCAAAUAUAUGGAAGAAUAUGGGAAGAAAAAGUGCAGUAGCUAGAGUGCUUGAUCUGACAGAACGUUUUUCAUCCAAUUUCAAAUGGAGUACAAUGAGCCUCUGUGUAGCCGUUUCCUGGUGUGGCUGAGAAUGGCCAUGCUGCACAUGUCUUGCACAUCAAUGAGGGGCCUGACCAACAACACACUUGCUGCUAUAGAUGGAAACGUCAUGCCUUCAUUUGAAAUAAAUUGUGAGGUCUUAUCGGUUUAUGCAGAAUGAGAGUGAGCGAGGCUGUUUCACUGAUGCAAAUGCAGUUCAUUUUAAAUUACAAAUACAGUUGGUUCCAGUAUAUUUUUGUGGACCUUUUUCUUUUUUGUGUCUGCGUGUGUGUGUGUGUGUGUGUGUGUGUGUGU